GUCUUUGGAGUGGGCGCGUCGGACAAGGCUGUUUAUAAGCGGUUGAGGAAGCUAGAAGGUUUUGAGAAAGUGACGAGUGUCGAAGGAGCAGCAAUGCGGCCGGCGGGCGCCUUAGCAGUGGCCACAUUUUCAUCUUUACAAAAGGCGUCGCAAGCGUGCCAGCGGCUCGAUGGUGCUACGUUCAAGGGGUCGAAGCUCGCGUGCCGCCUCGAGGCGCACGUCGAUAGAUCAAAUGAACAGAAAGGUAGGUUAGUCGUGCGCAAUUUGCAUUUUAGGGCGUUGGAAGAGGACCUGUUGGAUGCGUUCAUGGCGUACGGCCCGCUGCGCGAGGCGCGCGUGCCGCGCGUCGGCGAAAAGUCGCGGGGAUUUGGCUUCGUCGAGUUCUUCUGCGAGAGCGACGCGCGGCGCGCUUUGAAGGCCGCGUCUUCUGGUAAAUUUGCGGUGAAGGGGCGGCCCGUGGCCGUGGACCAGGCGACGCCGAAGUCCGACCAUGUCGUGGCGGCGCCCGAGCCCGCCCAGGCGUCCGAAGACGGCGCCUCGGCGUCGGGCGACGAGUCCGAGGCUGCCGAGGCGUCGGACGCCGCCGAGGAGGACAACGAAGACGCGGGUGGCGAGGAGUCUGACGCCGCCGAGGACGACGACGACGAGGAAUCGGACGACGAGGAGGCCUCGGAAGACAAGAAGCCCGACGACGUCGCCGAGGGCCGGACGCUGUUCGUCAGGAACGUGCCCUACGGCGCCACCCGAAAAGCCCUGGCCGAGCUCUUCGCGAAGAGUGGUAGUAUAGAAAGCGUCCACGUCGUCAAGGACAAGGCCACGGGCCUGGGGAAAGGCUCGUGCUUCGUACGCUAUUCUUCGGCGGACAGCGCGACGAACGCGACGAUGGAGGCGUGGGCCCUCGACGCGCGGCCCUUGAUUGUGGCUCUAGCGGUUGAUCAGUCGACAGCAUCGAAGCUGAGAGACGAAGUCGGCCCCGCGAAAAAACGCAAGCUCGAGCACGCGUUGGUCGGAGGCGACCGGCGCCACGUGGCUCUGAGUAGAGAGGGUCUCAUCCAGAAGGGCGACCCCGCGGCCAUUGGUGUUCCGGAAAACGAUCUUAAGAAGAGAGAACGGGCGCGCCAGGAGGCGGCCACAAAAUUGAGAAAUCCAUUAUUCCACGUGAACCCGCAGCGGUUAUCCAUAAGAAACCUCGCGCCGCACGUCGACGCGGCCCUCCUGAAGGAGUUGAUCGAGGCGGCCGGCGUCUCUCCGAAGGAUGUGGGCGCGGUGCACGUGGCCCGGGACAAGGUGCCGACGGUGCCCGGUAAAAAGCCCAAACCCGGCAAGUCCAAGGGUUAUGCGUUUGCCGAGUUUUCAAGUCAUGCGUGCGCCAUGCGGGUCUUGCGGUUUGCGAACAACAACCCGGAAUUAGCGAGUUACUGCGUGCCCCGCGGCAAAAAAAUGGGGAGUGAGGUGCCGCGGCCGAUCGUGGCCUUUGUCGUCGAGGACCACCGGAAGGUGGCCCUGCGCCAGAAACGGGAGGACGACGCGAAGGCGAAGGCGACGGCGCCGUUGGACGGGCCGUCGCGCAAGGAGCGGCGGCGGGAGAAGCGCAUCGCGAACCGGCUGGAGAAGAAGCGGGCCCGGAAGGGCGCGGAAGAAGUUCCGAAGGCUCCGAGGAAGGUCGUGGACGACGGGUUGAUGCGCGACCGCGCGGACGACCGCGCCGUCGAGCAGGUCUUCGACGCCGCCGAGCGCAAGCGCGACAAGAAGCGGAGGAAGAAGAAGGCGCCGGAGCAGGACGUCGAGCGCGCAAUUAGCAAGCGCCGCAGCGGCCUACCUCGCGUCGCUGAAGAAGGCCGUCGUCGCGGGCGAGGGCCGGUGGUUCGAGUAAACAGUUGUGUCAGUUAG